AUUGGCUGUGUCUUUCUUGUUCAGCGACUCGAUGCUUCUCUCUCUCUCCCUCUGUGUGAUCAGUGGGUGAGAGGGGGGACGGAGCUAUCACACAGCGGAGGAUACAGCGUGCGCCUCCGAGUCAUCCUCUCGUUGGCUCAUCUCACUGUUUUCUCCACCUCUCCGUUCCCUGCUGGAUCCCUUCUGGGUGGUGGAGGGGGGGGGUGGUUAAUUAAUAACACGACACCAUUGAGUCAGCCUACGGCCGUAGAGUUCUGCUCCAUUUCUCGGCUGUUCUGAAUGACGGGCGGACGGUUCGACUUCGACGAUGGAGGAACAUACUGCGGAGGGUGGGAGGACGGCAAAGCCCACGGACAUGGCAUCUGUACCGGGCCAAAAGGCCAGGGCGAGUACGCCGGCUCCUGGUCGCACGGCUUUGAGAUAGUGGGGGUGUACACCUGGCCCAGCGGGAAUACGUACCACGGCUACUGGUCCCAGGGGAAGCGGCAUGGACUUGGGGUCGAAACCAAAGGGAAGUGGACUUACCGUGGCGAGUGGAGCCACGGAUUCAAGGGUCGCUAUGGACUCCGACAGAGUCACAACACACCUGCCCGGUACGAUGGGACGUGGAGUAACGGGCUACAGGACGGGUAUGGGAUCGAGACCUAUGGUGACGGUGGUACAUACCAGGGCCAGUGGAUGGGCGGGAUGCGGCAUGGAUACGGCGUGCGCCAGAGUGUUCCCUACGGCAUGGCAACGGUGAUCCGUUCUCCGCUCCGUACCUCUCUAGCGUCCCUACGCUCCGAGCAGAGCAAUGGUACCGUGCUCCAGGACCUCUCGGGUGACACACCCACCGGCGGCCGCGGCGGGUUUGUCCUCAACUUCCACUCGGACAGCGAGGUGGUCACCGGGAAGAAGAAGGGUCUGUUCCGCCGCGGGUCGCUGUUUGGGAGCCUCCGUCGGCUCCACAAGUCCGAAUCGAAGUCGUCCAUCUCCAGCAAGAGGAGUUCGGCGCGCAGCGACGCCGCUAUGAGCCGCAUCAGCUCCUCCGACGCAGACGCCAACUCCACCAUCUCCCUGGGCGACGGAGAGCUGCCGGAAGAGGACCUGCUAUUGGAGGAUCACGUGGACGCCACCACCACCGAGACAUACAUGGGGGAGUGGAAGAACGACAAGCGCAACGGGUUCGGCGUCAGCGAACGUUCCAACGGGAUGAAGUACGAGGGGGAGUGGCUGAACAACAAGCGCCACGGUUACGGCUGCACCACCUUCCCCGAGGGGAACAAGGAAGAAGGGAAGUACAAGAAUAACGUGCUGGUGCGUGGAAUAAGGAAGCAGUUGAUCCCUCUAAAGAACCCCAAAACCAAAGAGAAGGUGGACCGGGCCGUGGAGGGGGCGCGGAGGGCAGCGGCCAUCUCCAGGACGAAGGUGGAAAUAGCAGCUUCCAGGACGGCUCAUGCCAGGACGAAGGGAGAGGCAGCAGACCAGGCAGCUCUCUCUGCCGGACAGGAUUGUGACAUCGCUAGGGCUGUCGCUAGGGAGCUGUCCCCAAAUUUCCACCAACCAGGUCCUGAUUAUAUCAAGCAGGCGUUCAUGGAUCCAGUGGAGAUCCCCAAGGAUCCUCCUGAAGAGAAGGAGAAAGACAGCCCUACCAGCCCUGCCAAGACCCCCGGGCCCACCCCUCCCCCAUCGCCCCACAGCAAGAAGAGACAGCACAGCAACAGCGUCUCCACCUCCGCCUCCCGCAAGACCAGCAAGGAGGAAUCAUCACACAGCCGCAAGGUCAGCAAAGAGGAGAAGCCGGGCCUUAAGAGCAGCAAGGACGAAUCAUCACACAGCCGCAAGGUCAGCAAAGAGGAGAAGCCAGUCCGUAAGAGCAGCAAGGAAGAGCGGACGAGCAGGAAGUUGAGUAAAGAGGAGAGGGUGUCCAUCGCUGCCGAGCCACCCACAGCCGCUGCUCCCUCUUCCCAUGUAAUACACCAGGAUGCUUCAGCCAAAUCCCCCAAGACCCCAGAGCCCGGCCCCACCAACGUACCACCUCCCCAGGCUGCUGCUCCGCAGACGGUGGCGGGUCCUGGUAACGGAAUGGGACAGCUCCACUCCCAGUAUCAUAGCUACUACGUCAAAGCCCCCUCCAGGGGACCCUUGCCCCCGGAACCUGAGCCUGAGGAGGACGAGGAGCCCAGUCAACUGACCCUGGCACGGAUGGCCCCGCCACCCCCCAAGUCGUUCCGGAAUUUCAAUCUCAAGCCGACGCCCACAGGUGAGCAGAGCAAACUCAGGAAGCAGGAUUCGCUGAAACCAAAGAGCCUGGCAGAGACCAAGAAGGCCAGUAUGGAGAUGGCUGACGGGCGGGGCGAGGAGAAUGCUCCUAACUCUAUCCUGGUUGCUAUGGUGAUGCUGUUGAAUAUCGGCCUAGCCAUCAUAUUUGUCCACUUCCUGACAUGAUGGUCCUGUGUCUCAGUGAUGCCGUGGCAACUGGUGCAGUUGCGUCUCCAGCCUUUUAAAAAUCAAAAUGGUGUCAGUCAGACUCGGAAGCGGCCACAGGAGCAUGGACAUCAGCUUUGUGACACGGGAGAGAAACAUGAGAGGCAGGAGAGAAGGACCCGCAGGCUGUCCUGGGCCGUCCACAGACCUGCCUGAUCAUAAUACUCUCCUCUGGGUUCUGUUAAAGAACAACGUGAUAUGUCUGAGGGAGAAAAAACAGUACAACAGAAAAAGUCAACACAAACAUACGAACACACACACACGAACACAAACAUACGAACACACACACACGAACACAAACAUACGAACACACACACACGAACACACACACACACACGAACAUACACACACGAACACACACACACGAACAUACACACACGAACAUACACACACGAACACACACACACACGAACACACACACACGAACACACACACACGAACACACACACACGAACACACACACACGAACAAACACACACGAACAGACACACACGAACACACACACACACGAACACACACACACGAACACACACACACGAACACACACACACGAACACACACACACACGAACACACACACACGAACACACACACACGAACACACACACACGAACACACACACACGAACAUACACACACGAACACACACACACGAACAAACACACACGAACAGACACACACGAACACACACACACACGAACACACACACACGAACACACACACAUGAACACACACACACGAACACACACACGAACACACACACACGAACACACACACAGGAAAAUAUGAAGUCAUUGAAAUACACAUGUCUGCUGACCCAAGCAGUGAGCUCUCUGCUCGUGCAAGGCCACUCCUUCUGUUCUUUUAAAUCAAAUCAAAAUUGUAUUGGUCACAUACACAUAUUAGCAGAUGUUAUUGCUGGUGUAGCGAAAUGCUUGUCCUGUCCUUCUGUCCUAUCCUGGCAGGAACACAGAGGGACUGACUGACUGACUAACUUUAACCGGGCCAAUGUGGAGAUGCACUUAUAGAUGACAGGAGCUAACAGCUGCCUUACUAUUUUACCCUCUGACGUCUUCAUGGGGAGAUGUCAGCACGGCAAGGCCAGAGGACUGAGAGAGGUGCGCGUUCCAACGUUCCCACAUUCUGAGUUCUGAGGUUCCAGUGUUCUGAGGUCCCAUUGUUCUGAGGUCCCAGUGUUCUGAGGUCCCAGUGUUCUGGGGUCCCAGUGUUCUGAGGUCCCAGUGUUCUGAGGUUCCAGUUUUCUGAGGUCCCAUUGUUCUGAGGUCCCAUUGUUCUGAGGUUCCAGUGUUCUGAGGUCCCAUUGUUCUGAGGUCCCAGUGUUCUGAGGUCCCAGUGUUCUGAGGUCCCAGUGUUCUGAGGUCCCAGUGUUCUGAGGUCCCAGUGUUCUGAGGUUCCAGUGUUCUGAGGUCCCAUUGUUCUGAGGUCCCAGUGUUCUGAGGUCCCAGUGCUCUGAGGUCCCAGUGUUCUGAGGUCCCAGUGUUCUGAGGUCCCAGUGUUCUGAGGUCCCAGUGGUCUGGGGUCCCAGUGUUCUGAGGUCCCAGUGGUCUGGGGUCCCAGUGUUCUGAGGCCCCAGUGUUCUGAGGUCCCAUUGUUCUGGGGUCCCAGUGUUCUGGGGUCCCAGUGUUCUGAGGUCCCAGUGUUCUGAGGUCCCAUUGUUCUGGGGUCCCAGUGUUCUGGGAUCCCAGUGUUCUGGGGUCACAGUGUUCUGGGGUCCCAGUGUUCUGAGGUCCCAGUGUUCUGAGGUCCCUGUGUUCUGAGGUCCCAGUGUUCUGAGGUUCCAGUGUUCUGGGGUCCCAGUGUUCUGGGAUCCCAGUGUUCUGGGGUCACAGUGUUCUGGGGUCCCAGUGUUCUGAGGUCCCAGUGUUCUGAGGUCCCUGUGUUCUGAGGUCCCAGUGUUCUGAGGUUCCAGUGUUCUGAGGUUCUAACCAUCCCUUGCUGCAGGAAAGCGGAUGCAUCGAACGUUAGCUGUCAGUGCUAGCGCGGUCACACGCCAGUCUUACUCUGUUAACGAAUAACCAUUCAUCACAGCUUCCUUUAGCUCCUCCCACCUUCACCCAGGAGACCUUUCUUUGACACUCCCUGUGCAUUUUUGUUGUUGUAGCUUUAGUUUUUUGUUUCUUUAUGUUGGUUACCUGCAGUUAUAGACUAGUUAAAAGGAAGGCAAACUAAUACGGAGAGACCUUUUUAUUUUUGGACUAAUCAUAACGAUUUUAUUUCAUCAUAAUGAGAGAAUUCUGUCCUAAUUUUAUUAAAUGUGCAAUAUGAUUUAUUUUUUUUAAAGAAAGAAUAUAUAUUUUGCCAACAAAAGGUCUAGUCUAUUGAGCAUUUUAACUGUUUUAAAAUCUUGUUUAUUUUAUUGUAUCAUACAACAGGAAAGACAAGCCUAAUUUGACUAGAUGGGGGGGCAAGCAGAUUGACAGUAGGAUUUGAGGAAAGAAGCCACACUGUGUAGCAAGCCUAAGCUAGCUCUGUGUGACUGAAAGAUGAAAAGUCUUAUAAAUUAUGUCAUUUAUUGAAUCAAAGGAUUACAUUAUUAUUAUUAUUAUUAUUAUUAUUAUUAUUAUUAUUAUUACACAAUUGUGCAUGGGAUUUCGUUGACAAGUUACUUUAAUUAUCUUUGCUUCUGAUGUUAAAACCACUAAGCUGUGAAGAGGAGGGAAAAUCAGUUGGUUUAGUCAAAUUAAAAAACACCUAUUGUUAGUCCCGAGGGCCUAAUCUCUGCUUGCAUGUCUUGUGAGACUGGAAAGUAAACGUCCUUGAAUUGAUUCUCAAAAACAAGAAUUGAUUCCAGAAUUGAUUGUAUUGAUUCUCAGAAGAAACUUGGUAUUGAGUGUAUUCAGGUUGAAUUGAAGGGGGGGAUAAUAUGUGGUACCCGUGGUUAUGUGGUUAGGAGUGAUGCCUUUGAAAAGUCUUGAACACUUCGACCUUUACCUUUACCUCAGAAGAAGAAGAUAAGGAGAGGGUGGAUGGAGGGGGGGGGGGGGGGUGGAAUAGACGGUCGGUAAGAGAUGAAGUCUGUGUCUUAAUUGUUUUGUGUAGGAAGUGACCGGACUGUUGCAAUCAAAGGGAGGUGAGUUAUAAAUGUGCCCCUUACAUUUUAACCAGUAGUAGUCUUUGUUGCAGGUAAAGCAUGAUUUUUUUUUUUUUUUUUUUUAAAUAUAUAAACAAAUGGAGUACGUAUAUAUUUAACAGUUUCUGUUAUCCACUUCAAAUAAUUGUUAUUUAUGUGUUCAUCAUAUGAUUGAUAAAUACACUGAGUGUACAAAACAUUAAGAACACCUUGUAAUAUUGAGUUGCACCCCAUUUUGUCCUCAGAACAGACUCAUUUCGUCGGGGCAUGGACUCUACAAGGUGUCGAAAGUAUUCCUCAUGGAUGCUGGCCCAUGUUGACUCCACAGGGAUGCUGACCCAUGUUGACUACAAUGCUUCCCACAGUUGUGUCAUGUUGGCUGGAUGUCCUUUGGGUGGUGGACCAUUCUUGAUACACACAGGAAACUGUUGAGCAUGAAAAACCCAGCAGCGUUGCAGUUCUUGACACUAAAACCGGUGCACCGGGCAUGUACUACCAUACUCCGUUCAAAGGCACUUAAAACGUUUGUCUUGCCCCAUUCACCCUCUGAAUGGCACACAUACACAAUCCAUGUCUCAAUUGUCUCAAGGCUUAAAAUUCCUUCUUCAACUCGUCUCCUCUCCUUCAUCUGAUUGAAGUGGAUUUAACAAGUGACAUCAAUAAGGGGAUCAUAGCUUUCACCUGAAUUCACCUUAUCAGUCUAUGUGAUGGAAAGAGAAGGUUGUUCAUAAUGUUUUGUACACUCAGUGUAGAUAUGUACUAGUUUAAAGUUGUUUGGUCCUUGUGAAAAAGGGCUUGAAAAGUGGCAAGAUUGUGUUUAUUGCAAUUUAGUUUUUAGGAUACUACUAGUUUGCAUGGACUGUUGAAGAAACACAGGAUAAAGCUCUGUACUUUGGGAGACUGCAGGCUUCUUCAGACAUCGACUGAUCUUUAGAUUCUGAUUGGUCCCACAGUGUUCAUUCUGAUUGGUCCCACAGUGUUCAUUAUGAUUGGUCCCACAGUGUUCAUUCUGAAUGGUCCUACAGUGUGCAUUCUGAUUGGUCCUACAGUGUGCAUUCUGAUUGAUCCUACAGUGUGCAUUCUGAUUGGUCCUACAGUGUGCAUUCUGAUUGGUCCCUACAGUGUUCAUAUGCAGUCCGUCACAAUAGAAUGACAUGUAUGGCAAAGAAAAAAUGAUGAAACAUUUCUAACCAUUUAAAAAACAAAUAUAAGAAAUCUCAAGACAACUUUACAUUGUGUUGAAUCUGUCUCGUUCUCAAAACUGUAGGAACCACAUCAAUGUGCUGAAGUUUGCUACACCUACCUGAUAACAUAACAACCCUUAUCAUUGGAGAUGGCCUCUUUCUUUAUUUCGUCCUCUGUUUUUACAGAGCAGGGUGAGAGCUGUAAUCUAUGAGGGGUUAAAACAGGCAGAACAUGGGAUGUUUAAAAAUAUAUAUAUUUAAAAAAAAUACAUUUUAAAAAAAAAAGCAACAUUGCAUGUUGGAAACCUUUAUAUAUAGAUAAGAUAUAGUAUUUGUAAGGAUUUUUACAGAGCAUAAUCCAGAAACUGGUAUGAGUUGGUAUUUUUCUAACGAUUUGCACACCUGUAUUUUGACAGCGGCUAUAACAUGUUUGUAACGGGUAUUGUAAUGCACAUACAGUAACAUUUGACAGUACUAAAAUCUUUAUCUGUAAUUGGCUGUAAUUUAUGUAUCAUUUCAACCUGGACUCAGGGGGUAGACGUAACACAGUAAACGAAAAUCCGGGACGCUCCAAUUAGUAUGAUAUAUUGCGUUUGGUAUGGUAUGUAUUCAUUUGUGAAUGUCCAUCAUCCGUUUCAUAUGACGUGUUACGAACUCCAAUUCUUAUGAUGUGUUACGAAUCUCAAUUUGUUGUGGCUAACUUUAGCUAGUUGGCAAAGUGGUGCUAAUGCUAACGUUAGCUAGGUGGCUAACGUUAGCUAGGCUAGUGGUUAGGGGUUAAGGUAAGGGUUAAUGUUAGGAGUAGGAGUUAAAUUAAAGGUUUAAGGUUAGGGUUAGAAGAAGGGUUAGCUAACAUGCUAAGUAGUUGCAAAGUAGCUAAAAAGUAGUAAAUAGAUGCUGAUUAGCUAAAAUGCUAAAGUUGUCUGUGAAUCGAAACUAGACGGUCACGUUAUAUGCCUACCCAUCUAUCCCAACCCACCACCCUCCUUUCAUCUUUGCCUUAAGUAACCUUCUGUCUUAUGGAACCAUACCGAACGUAGCAUAGCAUACUAAUUUGAGUUUCCCAGGUUUUCCUUUACUAUGUUACGUCUACUCUAUGAGACCAGCCUGAUCAUUUGGGGACGGGGCGGCGGGGGGGACAAGAUCAGAUUCUACUUGUUUUGACUGUUUUACCAAACGAUGAGGAACUGUGUGAGACGUUUGAUAUCUCAAAGUAUGGUUUCACCUCACUGAUUUGUGCAGUCUUUGGAGAUGUAUUUCUGUGUAUAACAAUAAAUAAGUUAUGCCUUGUA